AUGCACUUCCUCAACAUCCUGAUCUUCACCACCAUUGCCCUGGCUAUGGGAUCACCACUUUUGGAGUAUGGAGCACCGCCGGUCAGUGGGGAUACGAUAAGUCAGUACCACACCCAGGAUGAGCAUGGUCAGUACUCGUAUGGAUACAUGGCUCCGCUGUACUCCAAGCACGAAACCCGAACUCUGGAUGGAGUGAUCCGUGGUACCUUCUCCUACCUGGAUGCUCAUGGUGCCACCCAGACUGUGGACUAUGUGGCCGAUUCCGAGGGUUUCCAUGUCACCUCCAACCUUCCCAACCAGCAAGCGAAUCAGGAAACUCCUGAGGUGGCCGCCCUGAGGGCCCAGCAUCUGGAGGCCCACCAACAGGCCAAAUUGAGACUGGCCGCAGACACUUCCUUUGGUCCGCAACCGGUGCAGGAUACUCCAGAGGUGGCCGCCGCCAAGGUGGCAUUCUUCAAGCGCUUCGAAGCCGAGAAGCUGCGCAACCAAUUGCUUGGCGAGAAGAAGAUCAAGGUGAUCGCACCGCCAUCUCCGAUUGCCGUUCGUUCCCAGCCGGUUUACAUCUAUCAGCCCACGACGGGAUUCGUCUACAAUUAUCACACCAAGAGUCAGGUUCAGUCGCCUGCCAGAAACUACCUGCCAGUGGCUUAA